GCUCCCGCGCUCGUGCGCUGCGACCGCUGCGACCCGUGAAAGUCAUUUUACAGUAUUUUACAUUUAUUUACAUUUUCGGAGAGAUAUUGGUUUUUUGCUGAAAGAGAUUUCUAACAAAAGGCAAGUGUUAAGAUUGUGUGCAUUUCAAUUUUUAGGCUAGUUUGGGACGUCGUGUCCUUCACUGCUGUCUGCUUUUAAAGUUGACGAAAGCCGGCCAUUCCUGUGGAGGAAGCUGCUUGUGUUGAAGAAAGUUUGUUCUCCAGGCAAACUUUGUGAGCUACCAUGGAUUUCCUGGAGUACAAUGAUGCUCUGUAUGAACAAAGAGGUGCCAUGAUGGCCGGAAAACUCCGUGUCACUGACAGUGAUGUCGUAUUCAAGUAUCGGAAAUCAGGUAAAACAGAGCAGUUUCCUGGCAAAGAAAUUGACCUCCUGAACUGGCAAAGGAUGAGUGGUGACUGGGCGCUGCGGAUAUUUCUAAAAAACGGCGACCUGCAUCGGUUCGGUGGAUUCAAAGAUACAGACCAGGAGAAAAUCGCAAAGUUUUUCAAACAAAACUUUGGCAAAGAAUUGGCGACAAAGCAGCUGAGCCUCAAGGGCUGGAACUGGGGCGCUGCUGUUUUCAAAGGCAACACGCUAAGCUUUGAUGUGGAUGACACGACUGCGUUCGAGUUUCCACUCGGCUACGUGUCUGGCUGCACACCAGGCAAGACGGAAGUGACGCUCGAGUUCCACACCAGCGACGACGCGGCUGUCAGCCUGAUGGAAAUGCGCUUCCACCUGCCGGCGACUGCAGAGAACCCGGACCCGACCGAGGCGUUCCACGACCAGGUGAUGAAGAAGGCCAGCGUGGUGACCGCCACCGGCGACGUCCUGGCCAUCUUCCGCCAGGUCAACUGCCUCACGCCCCGAGGUCGCUACGACAUCGGCAUCUACCCCACCUUCGUCAACAUGCACGGAAAAACGUACGACUUCAAGGUGCCGAUCUCCACGAUCCAGCGAUUGUUCCUGCUGCCGCAUCGCGACGGACGGAAAACCUACUUCGUGUUGGCGCUGGAUCCGCCUAUCAAGCAGGGCAUGACGCGCUACCACUUCCUCAUCCUCAGCUUCGAGCUGGAUGAAGAUGACGAGAUGGACCUGGAGCUGCCCAUCAGCGACGAAGAACUGCAAACAAAGUAUGAGGGGCGCGUUCCGAAGGAACUCAAGGGCCAGAGCUUCGAGGUGAUGUCGAAGCUGACCAAAGGGCUGGCCAACAAAAAGCUGACUGUGCCGGGCUCUUUCCGCGGACACUCGGACACGCCAGCGAUCGCCUGUUCGUACAAGGCGGCCGCCGGCUACCUGUAUCCUCUCGAUCGCGGGUUCAUGUACAUCCACAAGCCGCCGAUCUACGUACGACUCGACGAUGUGAUCAGCGUGAACUUCGCGCGUAGUGGCGGCGGCACCAGGACCUUUGAUUUCGAGAUUCAGGUCAAGAACGACAUUAUGCACACGUUCAGCAGCAUCGAGAAGGAGGAGUACAGCAACCUGUUCACCUUCGUCCAGGACAAGAAGAUCCGGAUCAAGAGCAAGGGCGGCAUGGAGAAGGGCGCCAACUACGCAUCUGAGGAUGACGGUGCGGCCGACCCGUACCUGGAGAGGAUGAAGCGCGAGGGAGAGGAGCGGGACGAGGAUGACUCGGACGAGGACGAAUCGACGGACGACGACUUCAACCCGGACGCGGCCGGUGGCUCCGACGUCGCCGAGGAGUUCGAGAGCAACCCGGAGAGCACUGACAGCGAGGGCGGCGAGUCGGACAACUCGGAGAAGAGGGCCAAGCGGCAAAAGAAGAAGGAAAAGAAGGAGAAGAAGGAGCGAAAACGGGCGAGCAGUGCGAAAGAGAAGCCGGCCAAGAGGAAGAAGAAGGACUCGGGUGCACCCAAGCGGCCCAUGUCGGCCUACUUCUUAUGGCUGAACGAGCACCGUGAACAGAUCAAGGAGGAGAAUCCGGGCAUCUCCAUCACGGAGAUCAGCAAGAAGGCCGGCGAAAUGUGGCGUGAGCUGAAGGACAAGUCAGAGUGGGAGAAGAAGAACCAAGAGGCCAGGGCGAGGUACGAGGAGGAGAUGAAGGAAUGGAGAGCCUCUGGCGGCGGUGGUGGUGGUGGCGGCGGCGGAGGCGCCUCCAAACCCAAGAGCAGCCCGAAGAAGUCCACUGGUGGCUCGUUAGGCGGCGUCGGAUCCGGCUUCAAGAGUAAGGAGUACAUCGAGGAUUCCUCCUCCAGUGACGACGACGAGAAGCCGGCAAAGCCCAAAGCCAAGCCCGCUGCAGCCAAGGAGAAGGUGAAAACCGAGAAAAAGGAGUCUGAAGACGAUGAGGAGGAGGAAGCCGAGUCGACGCCGGCGUCGAGUGACGCUUCCGGCGGCUCGGGAGACGACAGCGACUGAAGAGGAGCUGUCUGUAUGCAUUAUCUGUCUGUAAAUUCACGCCAAUGUCUCAUGUGUAACGCCAUGUGUCCUGUAUUGUAGAGUGAGCUACAAUACACCUAUUUUCAUCGUCA